AUGAUAUCGAUUUCACAACAUAGUAGAAGAUUAAUCUAUAGGUUACUAAGUCAACAACCUUCUUGUUAUUAUAAUUAUCAUUAUCAUGUUUCUAGUAACAACAAUACCACUAGAAACUAUUAUAGUACAAAGAAACUAAGUGAUCUUGAUCAAAUGGUUUUGUUGGACAACGAAAGAUUGAAUCAAUCUAAGCGUCAACAACAAAAUACAAAUGAUGAUGAUAUCAUAAUCAAUAGUUUUCAAUCAAAGGGACUAAAUCUAAAGGAAUUGAUUGAAAAUAGUAGGAGUGAUAGUCAAUUACUAAGUAAAUCUCUAAGACAAAUAGAAACCAGUUUGGAGACGGAGGAAUAUGAAUAUCUUUUCAAAACACUCUCAAAGAAUCAUAGAAUCAUAGAUUUAGUUUAUCUUUUAUUUAGAUAUGAUAUAGAUAAUCAUGGGAUUCGUCAAUCUCUCUUUAGAAUGUUAUUUACAUCAUUCAAUGGUUGUUGUGAUCUAUUGUCUGAUGAUCAUCAGAAUGGUGGUGCAAUGUCUGGUCAGAAUCUAUUGUUGGAAUCAAUUGAAUCUAUUGUAAGAUUGUCAAAGAUCAAAGAGUUCCAAAUCGAUCUCGAUAUCUAUAAUAGUUUACUGGAGAUCUAUGUCAAGUGUGGAAGAAACGAUCUUGUAAUACAAACCCUGGAGACUAUGAAACUUUCACUGAUCAAGCCGACAUUCGACACAUACAUCAUCGUAGCUUCAUCUCUAAAUCAAGAGCAAACCUCUCAACUAAUGCAACAAAUCAAACCACAAUCUUCAAGUUCAAACAAACCUUCAAUCAACAGCUAUCAACUUUUAAACGAUUCAUUCGACAAACUCUUGAAAACAAUCGAAGAUAAAGAAAAUGAGAAAUAA